AUGUGUUUGAACGGCGGUGAAUGCCUUAAGACAGCUGCUGGUCAUCAAUGCGACUGCUCACCUGGCUACACAGGUGUAGACUGUGCGAUAGCCGGGGAUGAUGAUGCUGUUACGGGUGAAGACAAGAUCUUUUUGACGGAUAUCACUGCUAGAAAGGUUUACGUUGCCGUCUUAGGGAUCUACACGUUCACUGCCCUGAACGAAGAUGAUGAUCCUAUCGAAGCGUGGGACAUCGCGUUCGAUGAGACCAAACAGAAACUCUACUGGACCAACAAAACUGACAACAAGAUUUACCGUGGCAACUGGGAUAUGACAGAAAGAAUACCUGUGUCGCACGGAAAUUACUCAGAUCCAACUUCGAUCUCCAUCGAUGAAUCGAGAGGCCAGAUCUACUGUGCAUAUCUAGGGGACCAGGUGAUUACUCGCAUUGAUCUUGAUGAUCCAGACUCGGAGAUCGAUCUUUUUGGCCAGCUGACCAGACCUAGCGCAGUAGAACUGGAUGAAACUAAUGGAUAUCUGUAUUUCACUCAGACUGGUAGAGUUUACCGCUGGACUGAGUCCAAUUAUGACAAGUUAUACAGCAAUUACCCUGACGUCAAUGAUAUCGACGCAAUCGCAAUAGAAGUACCAGCGAACCGGUUAAGCGUGUGCGACUACGGCAACGCCAAGGUCAUCACAAUGGACUUGAAUGGAAACGAUCCUAAGGAGGUAGCGAUCCUGUCAGACUACAAAAUAUCCGACAUCCUACUCUACAAAGGGGCCUACUACAUGAGUCAUUCAGGCGCCGAGGAUGGGCAGAUGACGUUACUGAAGUAUGCUCUCGAUUCUGAAUCCCUUCUCAACGUUUUCAAUGAUUCCGACCAUCUAUUUGGUCAUGUGAAGAAAAUUCAAGUUGCCAAUGUCGCUAUGUCGAGCCUUAAUUGAGCGAUGAAGAACGAAUGAACCCACAUGUUGUGUGUCCGGACAGGUUUGUUAUCGAACAAUUGAUUUCAAACAGCAAGAAGUGCAAUAUUUGCAAUGCCAAUGUUUCCUAAAUCUUUUUUUUAACUUAAGACUCAUUCAGAAAUGACGCAAUAAACCUGAAAAUUGAUGACAACUGUAAAUACAGCAAUGUGAUUUUUUGGUGAAACUGCCCCGGUUUUAAUUUGCCGAGGCUUUAAUUGUUGGACUAUAUUAUAAAGGACAGAUAUUUGUCA